GUUUCACCACGGCGACUACACGGUAGAAGUCAGCAUCAAUGACUACCUGGACAUCUACUGCCCCCACUACGAGAAGCCGCUGACCCCGGCCAUGCGCAUGGAGCAGUAUGUCUUGUACAUGGUCAACGACGAGGGCCACGCGUCCUGCGACCACCGGCAGAAGGGGUUCAAGCGUUGGGAGUGCAACCGGCCCACGGCGCCCAACGGGCCGCUCAAAUUCUCCGAGAAGUUCCAGCUCUUCACACCCUUCUCCCUGGGCUUCGAGUUCCGGCCGGGACACGAUUACUAUUACAUCUGUGAGUGUGGGGGUCCCCUCUGGGGUGGGGGACGGAAGGGCAGGGCAGCAGAAGUCUCCGUAGAGAUGACCGACAUCCAUGGGUGGACUUCACGGGCUUAG